AUGAAGUUCACUUCCGUCUCCGUUGUCUCCGCGCUGGCCGCGACGGCCUCUGCCCACGGCUACGUCCAGCAGAUCUUGCUCGGCGAGAACCUCGUCAGCACUUGGAACCCCUACAAGGACGCGUCCAAGAAGGUCAACAAGAUCACCCGCAAGUUCAGGGACAAUGGCCCGGUGACUGAUGGACUCUUCACGACCGACGCCAUCACCUGCAACAUUGCCUCCGACAAGAACAAUGUUCCUUCUACCGAGACGGCCAGCGUCCCUGCCGGCAGCAACGUCAAGUUCAUGUGGACUGAGUGGAAGAGCGACCACCCCGGCCCCAUCAUGACCUACCUUGCCGACUGCGGCGGCAAGUGCAGCGAGUUCGACGGCAGCAAGGGCAACGUCUGGGUCAAGAUCGACCAGUCGGGCUACGAUGCCAACGAGGCCAUCCCCUGGGCCAGCAAGCGUCUCCCGGAGCAGAACAGCACCUACACCAUCAAGCUGCCGGCCACGAUUGCCCCCGGCGAAUACAUCCUUAGACACGAGAUCCUCGGCCUGCAGCGGACCAACAAGGACGGCAACCUGGCCCAGUUCUACCCCGGCUGCCACCAGAUUACCGUCACCGGCGGCGGAGCUACCAAGCUCCCCGAGGGCAUUGCUCUGCCUGGUGCCUACAAGGCUGACGACACCGAGUCGAUCUUCCUCGACUACCGCAAGGUCACCUCCUACACUCCCCCCGGCGGCCCUGUUUGGGGCGACGAUGGCUGGGCUCAGUGA